AUGCCCAUCCCAAAGCUCGACCUCUCUGCGCCUCUCGGAACGCAUGAUUUUUCAGGGUUUUCUAGUCGUGAAUGGUGUCUGUGCCUGCAAUCAUCCUCAGCCUCUGGCGGUUUCUGCACACACCUCCAUCUCAGGAAUGCGAGCAACGGAUCUCGGAAACCCCUCGGAACGCCUGAGAGGAAACCAGUUCCUGUCUCUGCUCGAACACGCAUCGCCACUGCGGGCAAAGUGUCGCAGAUGACGAAGGUCUUCCAGCGUGGCGCCUCGGCCCCGAAAGUGGACAGCGACAGUGAGAGCGACAGCCAAAGUGACGAGGACCACCCGCAGCCGGGGCAGCCGCAGCGCCUCGUCGUGCCCCCGCUGCCGACGUUGCUGGACGGAAAGUGUGGCCAAACCGCGAAGCCGCUGCCUCCUCGCUUGGAUUGCGUCCACGAGGACUCCAUGCUGUCCGGCGACCUGCUAAGCUCCAGCGAUGAUGAGGAUGACGAGGAGCUUCUGAUCGAAAGCGUAGAGCCUCCGGAGCAGAUGUCCUGUCGCUCAACCCUGGUCCCCUUGAGCCACCGCAGCGUCCUGAAGUCAGAGGCGGCCACCCAUGUUUCGAUGGAGCUCACCGCCAUGUCCAAGGGAAGCCGUUGUCUUGGCGUCGGCGGCCUUGGGGCACUCACAGGAGGUGCAGGCGGUGCCGUGGUGGGCAUGCUAUCAGGCAUCAUUCCGGCACCUCUCACAUUCGGCCUCUCGGUGCCCAUCAAUGCGGGCAUCGGCAGCAUUAGCGGCAUGAUCUUCGGGACUGCCGGAGGAGACAUCAUGAAGGGGCAUGCAGAAACUUCGCCCUCUUUCCAGAAACAGCGUUCUAAGAAGUCCUCCACACACUCAUGUGCUUGA